AUGGCUCCGGCCGCCCAGGAUGACAUCGACGUCGGGAGUCGCGCGUCAGACUUUGAGAGUCAGGACUCGCCGCUGCGCCGACAGUUCUCCGAACCACUGCACCCGCUCUCCAACUCGAUGAGAGCGUCUCCUUCCCCCACCCCAUCUAUCCAUCGGGCCAAGUGCUCGUUGUGUGGUAAGAUCUUCGAGAGCACUGACGAGGAUCCUUAUGCCCACGAAGAUGCUCUUCAUGAUCACAUCGCCGCCGUGCAUCCACAUAAAGCCAAGUUUGCUUCCUAUGAUGGUGCCGGUGAUGACGACGAAGAGGAAGCUGAGGCUGAAGAUGUCGAAAUGGAAGAUGAGCACGCAGACGAAGCUGAUCACAUCAUCGAAGAAGAUGAGGACGCAGGCGAGACUCCCGCUGAUGGGACUCCUGCUGAUGAGACUCCAGCUAUCAACACGCCUCUCGACGAGACCCCUAUUGACGAUCCUGAUGUUGCUCUCUCUAACCAAUUGCAUGAAUUUUCUCGACACCAGCAGACAGCUUCCGUCGAAAAGCGUCUGGCGUCUUUCUGGAACAUCCACGACGUCCGCAAUUUUUCCUUCGACUUUGAUGACGAGGUCGCUGACCUCGAGCACACCUGGGACUAUGUCUAUCGUGAAUCCAAGCGCUCCAAGAAACGCGACUCACCUGAACUCCCGACCCGCCCUGGCCCGUAUGAGAAUCCAUCGGUUGCCAAGGGGGACUUCCUCAAAAUCACUCCUAUCGAAGCUUUCUUGGAGCUGCUCCGUGAUCCUGAAUCCAAGUCUCAUGAUGAGCUUUACGCGGUGACAUGCAACGUCGCUCAUGCACUCAAGGUCUGGCAGGACGAGUAUCUUGCCAUUGACAGACUGUCGAAGGAGGCUUCCCGCCACAUGCUGAAGAAGACCGCUAAUCCUCGCAAGACUGAGAGGCCUGAAGUGUUUGAGGACAAGAAAGAGUCAAUGCUGUAUGGGUACAAGUAUGACCCGAAGGAGCCAAAGAUCUCCAAUCAAGACCCUUUUGUUCAGGGUGGCUUCAAGCCGACCGCGGCUCAGAUGAGGAAGAUGACAGCCCAGGCUGGUCCCGACAACCCCAACCCCGACGGUUGGAAACCAAUUGUGAAGUUUGGCGUCGAACACGUCCCUCGUUUCCAGAACCCCCCAAUUGAACACCAUGAGGGCAAAGCGACGCGGAAGCGCAAGGCUGCUCAGUUGGAGGCAGCCGCCGCCGCCAAAGCUACUGAAUCUCCUGAAGCCGCCGCCGAGCCUGCUCCCGCUCCUGAGCCAGAAAAGGAGACAGAAGCUCCUCCAGCCAAGCGUCAGACUCGCUCUCGUGGAGGAAAGAAUGCUACCACGCGUGAGGUCCUGCAGACACAGACUGCGCCUCCUAGUCCUGCUCCUAGUCGCCGUGGAGGUUACGGUGGUCGUGGUGGCCGUCGUGUGCGAGGCGUUUCUUCGACCCCUCAGCCCCCUCCCGUCACUCCCGCUCGUGCUUCUGCCCGGACUUCCACUCGUAUUCCUGGAACGGCGACUAUCCAGCCUCCUGUGCCUCUUCAGGCCCGUCCGUCGCCAGCUCCUGCGGCGACUCCCGCUCCUCCCGCUCAACCCAUAGCGCCCGCCUCCUCUGCUGCCCCAGUUGCAGCCACACCUGUUGCGGCUCCCACGAACGGUGUUCUCGGAGGUACUGAUGCGACGUUGGAUCCGGUUGAGCUGGCUCGCCGCCAGAAGAUCGCCAAUUCGAAGAACCCCAAACGUACAGAGGCCAUGCUUAACCACUGGGCCAAAUUCAACCGUGAAGGACGCAUCCGGAACCCUAAGCGCACCAAGGCGCAAAUUGAAGCAGAUCGUGCUGCUGAGGCUACGAAGAAGACGGCAGCCGAGCAGCCGAAACCUGGAUCCAGGAAGCGUAAGAGCUCUGGGGCUCCCUCCACUCCUACAAGUGGUGCCUCGACGCCCGGCAUCGCGCCUGCCACCACUCCGGCCAUUAACGGUGGUCCUCCCGUCAAGAAGCCCAAGCUUGAAGCGUCCGUUUCGCAGCCAGUUCAGCCGAUGCCUGCUCCGAACACCCUUCCCUUGCCUCCUGCCAAUGCGAUCUUGCGCCCUUAUGGCCCGCAUGACCCGAUCACCAUCAUCCCUCAUGGAUACGCAUCUGGUCCACCUGUCAACCUUCCUCCGCCACCUCCCCAAUCUCACCCUCAGGGCCAUCCGGUCUCGCAUGCACCACCGCACCCGCAGUCACACCCGCCUCCUCCUCAUAUGGCGUAUGCUCCGCACCCGGGUUACCCAGGAGAUUAUUACUACCACCACUUUGUGCCUGCUCACCACCCGCCCCCUCCUCCGCCUCCUGCGCACCAUGGCCCGGAUGGACGUUCCCGCGCGGCCUAA